AUGUCGAGCCAAGGAAGUAUCAUAUCGCAACGCAUUUAUUUCUGGGGUUCUUCCCCACUGUUUCGCCAAAACAACGUACUUCCAUUUUGGACGAGUUGCUGGCCACCUUUGACCUUAUCCUUCAACUUCCGCAAGCAGUGCAUUCUUCAAUGUUCUGACUUGAAUCACCCUUCGCCUCUCUGUCGUUGGUCAACUGGUCGUCCACAGUUCUUUUUAUUCCGAACCCUUCGAUCCAUCGUGAACACCGAUGGUCGGAGACGUAUCCGAAAUCAAGAAGAGUCAAUAUUCAAACGUUCAAGCUCAACUUGUGUCAUGGGUGAUCCAGACGCCUGUACCGGUUUUGGUUCCCAAAAACGACCGCCUUCCAACUCCACUUCCCCACCUGCUUAG